AUGCCCCAGCCCAGACUGAUGCUUGUGGUCACAGGAGAUGAUUUUGGCUACUGUCCCAGAAGGAACCAGGGGAUUGUGGACUGUUUCCUUGCUGGAGGUGUUUCCAAUGUGUCCCUGCUGGUCAAUGCUUCAGCAGCCAAACAGGCAGCUGAUCUGGCUAAAAGACAUCGAAUCCCCAUUGGACUCCAUGCCAACUUGUCAGAGGGAGCUCCAGUGGGUCAGAACCUCCAGCAGGUCUCCACUCUCAUAAACUCACGGGGAUUCUUCCAUGGAAAGAUGGGCUUUCGUCAGGCCUUGGAGAGGAGCCAGCUCAGCAUGGACCAGCGUGUCCUGUCGAGUCCCAACGAUGAACGGAUUGCGGGGAGCUCCUGGCUGUCUCGCCAAGAAUGUUAA